AUGAGCAUCCGCACUCUAAUCGCAACAAUCCACCAAACCCUCUACCUCGGCCACCAAGACUGCACACCCACACCACUCCUGGCGCACCUCCCAGCCCUCACAACCUGGAAGAUCCCCCUCACUGACUUUCAGGACAUGGACAUAAAACCAACUCUCGCCCAGUCACUCCACCAAGCCAUCAACACACAUACCCCACUUCUCACAAGUCUUGAAUUCCGCUGGGGAACCACGGCCUUGAUCAACAGUCUACUCACUAGCGCAUUUUCGGACGUCAGGAUCAAGAGGAUCGAGUCCACGCACCAUCGGAGUAGGGAUAAGUGUAUUCUUGACGGGAUGAUGCCCGGGAUCUUGAGGCAUGCGCGCUCACUCGUGGCGGUAUCCUUGUCAGCAUUCAACCUCAAGUCCACCUUCCAUAACCCAACACCACCACCAUCGCCUCAGCUGGAUCCUUCGGACACGAUGUUUUCCAAGUUGAUGCGAUCAUGCCCUCGCCUGAGGGUCCUAUCGAUCCCUGAUUACACCGCGAGAAUCGAGUCCUUCGAGCAGGCUGAAGAGUGGGCGUGUCAGGAUCUAGAAUCUCUCCAUGUGAAGGUUCAAGGACUGGAUGAGGUGGAUGCCUGCUUGACCAAGAUUAAGGCCCUCAGGAACAGUAAUGCCUGGCGAUCAUCAGGACAAAUGGAGGUAGAGGGGGUUGGGAUUGGUGAUCGUGUUAUCAAGAGUCUAAUCGGUCUUUGCUGCUUGAAGACUGUCUGGUUGGGGACCAAAGUGGUGUACUUGGCGACGAUUCCAUAG